AUGAGAAUUGGUAGGCUCGAAGAUGUUAACACAACUGCUUGGAUGAAUGCCUACGGAAAACCAAGACUUCCAAACGCAGCUUUUUGGCCUCUAUUCGAAGCUUUUGGGAACCCUAGAACAUGUCUUCAACCUUUCCAUGAUCCUCCUUUAUCAAACUAUAUUCAAUUUACAGAAGGUCUUAAAGCGUCAAACAUGGAUGAAGAAAGUACAAAUAAAAGAAAAAAGGAAAUUUCCAGAAAAAUUUUAUUAUUGAUGAAGUUGGUUAAAGAUGUUGAUGAAGACGAAGAAGAAGAAGAUGCACCUGAAGACGGUUUUGUUGAACAAACUGAUAUUCAUGAUACAACAGCAGCUGAUAUUUAUCGAGCUGGACGAUCAAAAUUUCCAAUCGCAGAAGAUGAAAUGGAAGAAUAUUUAAAACAACGUUAUGAUCCUAAAAGUCGAGGAACGCAUGGUGAUUAUGAUGAAUAUGAAGAUGGUGAACAAAUUCCAGAUGAAAUAACACAACAAAGUUUAUUACCUGAUGUUAAAUCGCCUAAUCUUUGGCCAGUUAAAUGUCGAAUUGGAGAAGAAAAACAAACAGCUUUAUUACUUAUGAGAAAAUAUCUUGCUUUAGAAAAUGAUGAAAAAGCAUUACAAAUAAAAUCAGUUGUUGUUAAAGAAGGUGAUCGUGGUUAUAUUUAUGUUGAAGCAUUUAAAUCAAAUCAUGUUAAAGCAGCAUGUGAAGAUAUUCCUUCAUUAAAUGUUUCAAAUCUUCAAAUGUUACCUAUUAAAGGAAUGACCGAUAUACUUCGUGUUGUUAGAACAACAUAUGGAAUAAAAAAAGGUUCAUGGGUAUGUGUUAAACGUGGAAUUUAUCGAGAUGAUUUAGCUAAAGUUGAAUAA